GUACGCAGCUGCAGUGUUUCAGCACUGUAGCGCACGGACAGCUCCCAUCUGCAGUGUCUCAGAGGCUCAGCUCUGCCUCCCCCUCCAACAACGCUCUGCAUAAUGUGCCUCACACCGACCCUAUGCUAUUAGGAAGACAAAGCACUGGAUGGGAGUUCAGAGCCAGGACAAGCUGCUAGGUCUGGGCUCAAUCUAGUUUUCGUGUGGAAGGAAAUAUCAUCAGCAUUUCACCAUUACAUUAGUUCCUGGUGGCUUACAGACCUUGCUGUCUUGAAGCACAUCUCUAAAGUCACUUACCACUCUGAAGGAUUUGAUUUCAAGCCUUGGUGGAUGGGAUAUGUAUCUCUGCAACUAAUUCAUCAGAAAUUAAGAUUUACAAAACCGGAAGGUGAAAAAGAUGACCCACUUGCAAGCUGGACUUAGCCCAGAGACGAUAGAGAAAGCACGCCUGGAAUUAAAUGAGAAUCCAGACACUUUACAUCAGGAUAUCCAACAAGUCAGAGACAUGAUUAUCACUAGACCAGACAUUGGCUUCCUACGGACAGAUGAUGCCUUCAUCUUAAGGUUUCUGCGAGCCAGAAAGUUCAAUCAGAUGGAAGCCUUCCGACUCCUCGCUCAGUAUUUCCAGUAUCGCCAGCUUCAUUUAGACAUGUUUAAAAACCUUAAAGCGGAUGAUCGAGGAGUUAAACGAGCUCUUAUGGAUGGAUUUCCUGGCGUUCUUGAUAACCGUGAUCAUUACGGGCAGAAGAUUCUUCUACUUUUUGCAGCCAACUGGGAUCAGAGUAGGAACUCCUUUGUGGACAUCUUACGUGCUAUUCUCCUUUCACUAGAGAUUUUAAUUGAAGAUCAGGAGCUGCAGAUCCAUGGAUUUAUUUUAAUUAUAGACUGGAGCAAUUUUUCCUUUAAGCAAGCCUCCAAGCUCACCCCCUCCAUCCUCAGGCUAGCCAUCGAGGGCUUGCAGGACAGUUUUCCAGCUCGGUUUGGAGGCAUCCAUUUUGUUAAUCAGCCCUGGUACAUCCAUGCUCUGUACACUAUAAUUAAACCAUUCCUUAAAGACAAGACACGGAAAAGGAUAUUUCUUCAUGGUAACAAUCUGAAUAGUCUGCAUCAAUUAAUUCACCCAGAAUGUUUGCCGUCUGAAUUUGGGGGUACGCUUCCCCCUUAUGAUAUGGGGACCUGGGCUAGGACAUUGCUUGGUCCGGAUUACAACGACGAAAAUGAGUAUACGCACACUUCCUACAAUGCUAUACAUGUGAAGUAUGCACCCAGCAACAUAGAAAGAGAGUGUUCUCCAAAAUACAUGAAAAGGUCCCAGUCAGUGGUAGAACCCGGCACAUUGAUGCACCAGGACCACAGAGAUAGCGAGAACACCCAGCCGCUGCUUGCCCUGGACUGAUCUCUCGGACAUCACUGCAAUCACCGUAGAUUUCACCAGUGGCUAUUUUUCUUUUUCCUCACUUUGCAAAAUAUUCACCAGCUACUUGCACACGGUGUCACUGUGCAAAGACCUAUUUAAUUUCAUUGCCAUAGUGCCAACAAACAGGAGCAGCUUUAUAACUGUGAAGAUUCUUUUACUGCCAAGAGGACCCAGACAAAGUGCAUUAGAGUCUUUCAUAUUGUAAGAUAUAUGCUGUCUGCUACAAGGGAGAUGUAAUAUAGGCACAUGACGGUUAGGAAAGGCUUAGCGCUCAGUAUUUUUAUAUUGUGAUCUAUGGACCCGCGAUGUUUCAUUAUUAUAUCUGGUAUCCGGUCUCUAGGUUGACCACAUUUAAGUCGACAGUCAUUAGGUCGACCACUAUUGGUUGACAUGCAUUUGGUCGACCACACCCAUUAUACCUAGUACAUUCACCAGCAGAAAAUUGACAAAACAUACUGCAAUUGUGUCAGACAAAUGUAAGAGUAACAAAUAUCUGGCACAUAGUAAAUGAGUCUAUUAUGAAUUAUCAGAUUACAGGUUACAGAAGACUGGAGAAGAGAUACAUUUUAAAAUACUUGUAUUUUAUUUUUAUUUAUUUUUUAAUCCCGUAAUUUAAAAUUGUACUUUCUCUGUGUUUAAUUGGAUAUGUAUUAAAUGUUAUUUCCACCACAAAAAAAGAAUCUAUAAACAUACACAGAUUAGAUUGAA